AUGUAUCGAAUACGGCCGCCCCUGCGCAUAUCGCCCCGCAUGUUCCAGCCGCUGCAGCAGCCACGACGCCCGGCGCAGUCGCGUUUCUACCAGCAACUCCCCCCCUCGGGCGGUCUCACGGGCUUUCUGUAUCGCUGGGCGGCGCGCCCGACAUUCUACCGCGACGUGGGGCUGCUGAGCGCGGGCGCGGGGGGUUUCUACCUGUACAACUUGGAAGAAGUGCCCGUGUCAGGUCGCCGCCGCUUCAACAUCAUCCCCGCGCAGCUCGAAGAGGCGCUCGGCCAGUCGUCGGUCGAGCAGGUGCGCCAGCAGUACCGCGGGCGCAUCCUGCCGGAGAGCGAUGGGCGGGUGCAGCUCGUCAAGCGGGUGCUGGAGCGCCUGCUCCCGUACGCAGAGGGCGAGGGCCUGCAGGGCCUUGACUGGGAGGUGGCGGUGAUUGAGAGCCCCGAGCAGAAUGCGUUUGUGGCGCCGGGCGGCAAGGUGUUUGUUUUCACGGGGAUGCUGCCGCUGUGUCGCGAUGAAGAUGGCGUGGCUGCGGUGCUGGGCCACGAGAUUGCCCAUGUCGUGGCGCACCAUACUGCCGAACGCAUGUCGCAAGCGCCCCUCGUCCUGCUGGGCGUCGUCCUCCUCUCCCUCUUCGACAUGUCGCUGUACUCGGGCAAGCUGCUCAUCGACGUGUUCCUGUCGAUGCCGGCGUCGCGCAAGCACGAGGCCGAAGCCGACUACAUUGGGCUGAUGAUGAUGGCGCAGGGCUGCUACAAGCCCGAGGCGGCCAUGCAGCUGUGGGCGCGCAUGGAGAGAGCGGGGGGCGCGGGGCCCCCGCAGCUACUGAGCACGCAUCCCAGCCACCACAACCGCGAGGAAAAGAUACGAGAGUGGCUGCCUCAGGCCAUGCGCAAAGCAGAGGCGAGCCAGUGUUUCGCCACGACUCAGCAUGCAAGCCAGUUUGGCGCCGCCUUGAACAGCCUGGGGAAAUGCUAGUCGUGGUGGUAGUGGUAGGAAGAAUCAUGCUGUGCUUGGUACAAGCGGGAACUAGUGGCCGUUGCCAAGCCCCGCCCGCCCGCCUUGUAUGGGAGCUAAGCUAGCAUUUUGUAUACAUACAGCAUUAAAA